GUACAAAAGUCGUUGAUGAAGGUUACCGGAAGUCAAAUUGAAGAGCCGGUGUCCUACUGAUUAGCAAUGUGGAGGACAACAUCUAGAGUGCCCCCCAAAAUCAAGAUCCAUGGAAGAAGAUCUAGAUGUACAAAGCCACCAGUGGUUCCUCAACCUCCUCUAUCAACACCAUUUGAAGCUCACCCACCACAACAACCACCACCACCACCAAAGAAAGGUGGAGGUUUCUUCAAAUUUCUUGGUGUGACAACAUUAGCAGCUGGUGGUGUGGUUGGGUAUGCAUGGUAUGAUUCUAACUUCAGGAAACAGAUUGAGGACAAUGUACCAUACAGUAAAGAUGCUUUUGAUGCACUGUUUCAGUUAAUACCAACAUCAGAAACUCCUAAGAGCACAGAUAAACCAGGUCCCCUUAUUCCAAAUAUUUCUCCUAAACCUGAAGAAGAGAGUAAAAUGAGAAGGAAAGUUCCACAAAAUCAGCAGUCUGAUAUACCACCUAUGCCAGCUCCACCCAUGACUUCCCCACCCCCUGCAGCUACCACUCCUGUUGCCACUCCAGUAAAGACAGAAAAAGAGAGAAAGAAGGAGGAAGCAGAACGAAGGCUGAAACAGAAAGAAGCAGAAGAAGCUGCUGAAAAUGCAGCUUUAGAAGUUUACAUAGAAAAUAUGACAGACAGGUGUAACAAGAUCAUUCAACAGGCUUUAGAAAAACAAACUGAAGUUAUCACAACCACUAAACAACAUAAUGAGGCCCUGAAGAAAGCCAUGGAUGACACAUCUGAGAUUCUGAAUAAAGAUAGUCAGUGGCAAGAGGUAUCCUCUGCAUAUGGAGCCAGGCUUGAUGCUGUUACUUCUUCUGACAGACUUGUUACUCAAGCCAGAGAACAAUUACAAAAAUUAAAGAAUGCCAUCACUGAAGGGAAAUCACAAGCAAUGACAAAGAAGAAUAAAAUUCUGAUCUCAGCACAAGAAACGUUCAACAAAUUAAAUAGUGAACUGAAUAAGCAGGACUCACAGGUGAAGAAGGUGGAAUCCCAGUCUAAAAUGAUGUUAAAAUAUAAAGACCUUGUUGAACAAGGAAAGAAACAGUUCCAGAAAGAGUUAGAGAGUAUCAUGCCUGAUGUUAAACUAGGUCAAGCUAGAGGUAAAAAAUUAACAGAGGAAGAAUUAAAUUCAUUGAUUGCUCAUGCUCAUAGAAGGAUUGAACAGCUUCAGAAACAGCUUGCUGAACAGAUAGCUUUAGAGCAACAAAGAAUACAGCAGGCUUUAGAGCAACAAAUACAAGAGGAUGACAGGCUAUCUGACCAGAGAGUGGCCAAUGAACAGCAAAAACUUAAAAAUGAGUUUUUAAUACAGAAAGAAAAAUGGGAAAAUGAUUCUAGGGUUAUGUUUGAACAAGAAUUACGUCAGCAUUUAGCCAGACAAGCAGCUGCACAUAGUGAUCAUUUGAGGGAUGUACUUAAAAUACAAGAAAAGGAAUUAGAGCAGGUUUUCGAAAGAGAGUUAAAUACCAAACUGAUUGAGGAGCGACAGAGCUUUCAUACUGAAGUAGCUAACUGGAUUGCUAGAUUGAGGGGGAUAGAAAGUGCUGUAGAAGGAAGGGCUGAAUCAGAGAGAGUAUCACGGAAAGCACAGCAGCUCUGGUUGGCCUGUGUAGCACUUAAUAAAGCUCUGAUGCAUGGAAUAGAGGAUAUAGAAGUUUGGGAACUUAAAAUUAAACCACUAGCCAAUGAAAUUGCAGCUGUAUCUGAUGCAGCUGGAAAUCAUCCUUAUGUAAAAGCAAUUGUGAAAAGUAUCCCAGAGGUAUCAUACAAGAGGGGAGUGUGGACUGAUGACAGUUUGAUCCAAAGAUUCAACAAAGUCCACCGUGUGUGUCGGAGAGUUGCCAUGAUAGAUGAGACAGGUGGUGGUCUCGGGAAAUAUUUCUUAUCCUACAUUCAGUCUUUCUUUAUUUUUGAAUCUGUAUAUGCAAGAGUAACGAGUGAUGAAAUAGAACUAGACAAACUAUCUACAUACCAAAUUUUAGCAAAUGCAAAAUAUUGGAUGGACCGAGAUGAUCUGGAGAUGGCUGUUAGAUAUAUGAAUCAGUUACAAGGAGAAGCUCGGAGAGUGGCAGAGGAAUGGUUAAAGGAAUCAAAAUUACAUUUAGAAACAAGGCAAGCUACACAAGCACUCAUGGCAUUUGCAUCAGCCAGUGGUUUGGGAACAAUAUUUUAAACAUUGUAACUUACACUAUUUAAAUAUUUUAUAAAUUAAAAUUAUGUUUGAAAUAAUGAAAGAAAAAUAUAAAAAAAGAAAUAAAGAAUUUUAAAUUC